CAGCCCAGGAGGGUUCUUUCUCUCCGCGGGCACUGAUUCCGGGUCGCGGCGGACGUCGCUUCCGGAGCAGCAUGGCGGCCACUGAGGACGAGAGGCUAGCAGGGAGCGGUGAGGGAGAGCGGCUGGAUUUCUUGCGGGAUCGGCACGUGCGAUUUUUCCAGCGCUGCCUCCAGGUUUUGCCAGAGCGCUAUUCUUCACUCGAGACAAGCAGGUUGACAGUUGCAUUUUUUGCACUCUCCGGGCUGGAUAUGUUGGAUUCCUUAGAUGUGGUGAACAAAGAUGAUAUAAUAGAGUGGAUUUACUCCCUGCAGGUCCUACCCACAGAAGACAGAUCAAAUCUAAAUCGCUGUGGUUUCCGAGGCUCUUCAUACCUGGGUAUUCCGUUCAAUCCAUCAAAGGCUCCUGGAACAGCACAUCCUUACGAUAGUGGCCACAUUGCAAUGACCUACACUGGCCUCUCAUGCUUAGUUAUUCUUGGAGACGACUUAAGCCGAGUAAAUAAAGAAGCUUGCUUAGCAGGCUUGAGAGCCCUUCAGCUGGAAGAUGGGAGUUUUUGUGCAGUACCUGAAGGCAGUGAAAAUGACAUGCGAUUUGUGUACUGUGCUUCCUGUAUUUGCUAUAUGCUCAACAACUGGUCAGGCAUGGAUAUGAAAAAAGCUAUCACCUAUAUUAGAAGAAGUAUGUCCUAUGACAAUGGACUGGCACAGGGAGCUGGACUUGAAUCUCAUGGAGGAUCUACUUUUUGUGGCAUUGCCUCACUAUGUCUGAUGGGUAAACUAGAAGAAGUUUUUUCAGAAAAAGAAUUGAACAGGAUAAAGAGGUGGUGUAUAAUGAGGCAACAAAAUGGUUAUCAUGGAAGACCUAAUAAGCCUGUAGACACCUGUUAUUCUUUUUGGGUGGGAGCAACUCUAAAGCUUCUAAAAAUCUUCCAAUACACUAACUUUGAGAAAAAUAGAAAUUACAUCUUAUCAACUCAAGAUCGCCUUGUAGGGGGAUUUGCCAAGUGGCCAGACAGUCAUCCAGAUGCUUUGCAUGCAUACUUUGGGAUCUGUGGCCUGUCACUAAUGGAGGAAAGUGGAAUUUGUAAAGUUCAUCCUGCUCUGAAUGUAAGCACACGGACUUCUGAACGCCUUCUAGAUCUCCAUCAAAGCUGGAAAACCAAGGACUAACAAUGCUCAGAGAAUGUACAUAUCUCCACAUGACUGAUUUUAGAUUGGGAGGGUGGGGGGAUUUGUAGCAUAACUGUAGCUCAAGUUUAAAAGCCAUGUAUAACCAACUGUGCUCUUUUUUUAAAAGGUAGAGUCUUACAAUCAAAUCUCCUGCUGAUGUCACUUUGGGAUAUGGUCUUGAGCCAGUAAUCUUUAUACUGGGUUUCAAGAAAAUCUUUGUUGAAGUUUGAACCACAACUUUGUCGUGGUUCUUAAAUGUUUAUACCGUAUUUCUAAGAAGUUGUUUGAGGCAAAUUAACUGUAUGUAUGUAGGUUAUCUUUUUAAAAACUCUUCAGUGCAAAUUGUAUCUUAUUAUAAAAUGGACACAAAUUUUCAAGUUUCCACUUCAUAUAGCAUUGAUAAUCUUCACGUGAACACUUAGUGAUCAUUUAAAAAGCUCACUGCUGGUGGUAGAAAAUUUCCUUUAAUGAAUUAAAUAUCUGAGAUUAUUCUUUGAAAACAGAUGACCAUAAUUUUUUUUAAAGAAGAGUGUAUUAUUCUGUCUUCUUCUUAAGUAAAGUGUGCCAAUUAAACCUGUGUGGCCUAUAUAAAUGAAAUUAAUAACUUCAUAGUAAGAAUAAAUAGGUUUAACUAAUGUGAUAGUUUUCUAAAAGGAGAUUGUUUGAAGACAACUAUUAUGUAACUGAGGGAAAAGCAACUUAAUGAUUGUGAAUGAGAAAGUUUUGUGCUAUGUGGGUCAUUUAUUUAGACAUUGCUGUGGUGAAUACCAGUUAUGUUUGAUUUUAUUCUCAAAUCAUUAGUUGCCUUUUUUUUUUUUUUUUUUGCUUUCUAGGAAGAAAACAAUCUUUUUUAUCUAGAAGGAAAGAUACUUUGUGUUUUCAUUUUUAGCCAUUUGAAUUUUUUAAUUUGUUGCCCCAGUGUGUUAGCUGCUCUAAUUUCAAAAUAAUACUUUUCUAAUUUUUUUCAAAUUAAAUAAGUAAAAAAAUACAAAAACAGAACCAUUGAAAUAGAUUCAGUGGUUUAACUCUAUACGUGGUCAUUUUUAUUCUCAUAUUUUCAGGUAGGUGAAAGGGAAAUGCGACCAUUUAGAGGAUAAGAAAUAGGGUUUUGUUUUUGUUCAUUGUUCUGUUUUAAGUCUAUGAACUAGCUAAUUAUAAAGGAGGUAGUAUAAAAACUCUUCAUUACUAAUUAAUUUAUCAAUAACUCAUACCAUUAGUUGCUCAGUGACAUUCAGAACUAUGAGUCUAGUACUGAAAUGGGAAAAUAAAUCUCUUCACUAAAGGAGUUGGCUUUAAGUUAGUCUUGGUGAUAAUAAAUGUUGAAAUACAAGUAUCAGUAUAAAAACUGGAUUACUGGUAUCACUGUUUAGGCAUUGUGAUAUUUUAAGUGUUAUCUUUUUUUCUAAAUCAGAAGGAAAAAAUGUUGUGAAAUAACAGUCCUUCCCAAGGGAAACACUAUGUACUUGGAGAAAUGAUUCAUUUAUUAUUGGCAUGCUUAGUUUUAAACCUGAGUUUGCCAACUGUAUGUUUUUUAAUUAGAAAUAAAAUAAAUCUUCUGUUGGUGGGGGAAAAA